AUGUCAUCGUCAAUCUAUGAAAUAUUUCACUAUGCGCCACCGACUGUGAAUCAAUGUCCAUCAAUAGAUUCAAAUGGCAAUUCAUCUUAUUUUAGUGCAUCUCUAAAUUCAUUGCAACCAUUUGUACCAUGUCAGUUGCAUAAUAUAACAGAGAAUUAUACCAAUCACGUACAACUUGUCGAUAGUAAUUAUUUAAUGCGGGCACCAACACAUUUCGAUUGUUAUAUUUUAUUAUUUUUUGCUCGUUGGUGUCAUUUCUCGGUACGUUUUGCACCCUCUUUUAAUGCAAUACCACGUUCAUUUCCUGGUCUUGACUUUGUUGCUUAUGAUGUCUCAAAAUCACUUCGUUAUAUGACAUAUUUUGGUACGAAUGCUGUACCAAGCGUAUUCAUAUUGAGAAAAAAUAAAUUAUUAGCAAGAUUGAAUAGCACGAGUGAUAUAGAAAUAUUAUUAUCGCUGAUUGAAUCAACAUUACAUCUAAAUAAAACAAGUAAUUUAACGAUAGAAGAUGAUGAUCGGCUAGGACCUGUUACAACUUUAUUUGAACCAUCGUUUGAUUACGCAUUACUUUUUUCGUGGCUAUUCGUAGGUUUAUUUAUUUAUUAUUAUGCUGAGAAAUAUAAUCUUAUAACGAUUAUUCGGUAUAGAUUUUCUCGUCAAAAUUGA